AUGGAUCGUAGUUGGAUGAGAGCUAAUCGAUUAAGUGAUGAGUUUGAUAAUGGAGUGGUUGAAUUUCUAGAAUUUGCUGAAAAGAAUCUUCCUAACAAUAAGGGAGUUUUUCCAUGUCCUUGUGUUUCUUGUGGGAACCGGGACCCAAAACUUACUAAGGAUGAAAUAAGGGACCAUCUAGCUUGGAGAGGGAUUUGUCAAAAUUAUACACAAUGGAUAUGGCAUGGUGAAGUAGUAAUGUCAAGUGUAUCACAAAGAGAGAAAGUAUGUGUAGAUAUCUAUGAUCGGUUGGAAGACAUGAUACAUGAUAUUGGAGAAGAAUCAUUUAAGAGAGCUCAUGUGUAUGAUACUUUAUGUAAAGACAAGGAAGAACCUUUGUACCCGGGAUGCACAAACUUUACACGGUUGUCAGCUGUGUUAAGAUUGUUUAAUUUGAAGGCGAAAAAUGGAUGGAGUGAUAAAAGUUUCACUGAUUUGCUUGGAUUGUUGAAAGAAAUGCUUCCAGAAGGUAACACAAUGCCGAAUCGUCAUUAUGAAGUCAUUAUGAAGAUAAAUGGCUGA